AUGCCAGCAACAACGGAAGAGCACAUUGGCAACGCUCUAAUCAAUGGUCUGGAUGAGCUGCGUGACACAAAAAAUACGCCAUUGGUGUUUUUUGUCAAUGGGGUCAAGGUAUCAGAUGCGGAUGUGGAGCCAGAGAUGACGCUGCUGGAGUACUUGCGGACCAAAUGUAUCCUUUUGCAGACUAUAACAAGGCACAUGUUUUUGACUGGCACAAAGCUUGGCUGUGGAGAAGGUGGAUGUGGGGCUUGCACAGUGAUGGUGUCCAGAUUCAAUCCACACACUCAAAAGCACAGCCACUUGGCCGUGAACGCGUGUCUGGCGCCCAUCUGCUCCAUCCACCUGGCAGCCGUGACCACGGUGGAGGGCAUCGGCACCACCGCUGGCGACCAGCUCCACGCUGCCCAGGAGCGGAUUGCUCGGGCCCACGGGUCCCAGUGCGGGUUCUGCACCCCGGGUUUCGUCAUGUCCGUCUACGCCCUGUUGCGCAACACGUACGGAAGAGAUGAUGGUGGUGGUGGUGGUGGUGGUGGUGAUGCAGCACCGCCCACGAUGGCGCAGCUCCUGGAGUCUCUGCAGGGCAACUUGUGUCGGUCAGAACCGGUCAACCUGUCCUUCCUUCCACUGGACCAUGUCCGGAAGGUGUCACGUCGUCGAGAACGUCGAGUUCAGAGUGAUGUUCCUACCCACAUUCUAACACCGACCGUUGUGACUUUACGGGAGUGGAACAAAGAAAGCCAAGAGCUUGCACUGAGUCUGCUCUUGGAAGACUUGCCUCUGGAUCCAGCUGCACCUGGUGGAAUGACUGACUACAGACGCACUCUGGUGCUCAGCUUCCUCUGCAAAUUCUGGCAGCAUGUGGACUGGGAGUUGAGUUGCCUUGAUUCACCUGAACGCCCCAAAUAUUAUGACUAUGAGGACCAUGAGCAUGACCAUGGCUUGCCACAAAGCAGUCAAGUGUACCAUGUUCCAGCAACGGGCGACUCUCAGCAGGAUGACACAGCAUCAGACGCAGUCGGCAGGCCACUGGUGCACGCCUCAGCUCUGCAACAGGCCACUGGGGAGGCCCGUUACGCCGACGACACGCCGGCCAUGGGCCAGAACGAGCUGCACAUGGCCCUGGUGCUGAGCACGAGGGCCAGGGCCAUCAUCAAGCGAAUCGACGCGAGUCGGGCACUCCACGGCGAACUCCCGGGUGUCGUCGGCAUCGUCACUGCUGACGACGUCCACGACAACGUCACUGGCAUCGGAAAUGACGAACAGGUAUUCAGGUCCAAGUCGGUCACGAGCCAAGGACAGAUCAUCGCCGGGAUCCUGGCCACCGACCCACUCGUAGCCCGGGAAGCUGCCAAACUCGUGCAAGUCGAGUACGAAGACGACACCGCCGCCACUGAUCAGCAGCCGCCGCCACUGACGAUCGAGGACGCUCUCGCGAUGCCCAAUCCCCAAGACUACAUCCUCUACCACGACGAGCACAGCAACGGCGACGUCGACUCAGUGUUUGCCCGGGGCAGCAGUGACUCGUCCGACGACGACGACGUCGUCGUCGUGCGCGGAGAGACCAGGACCGGGGCCCAAGAGCACUUCUACCUCGAGACCCAGGCUGCCCUGGCCUGGCCCGUCGACGGCACCGGGCCACGCGCGGAAAUCCACGUGAUCUCCUCGGCCCAGGGCCCCAGCGACAUCCAGACCUUCGUGGCCCGCGCCCUGGGCCUGGCCCGCCACCGCGUCCAAGUCCACGUGCGUCGCAUCGGCGGCGGGUUCGGCGGCAAAGAAAGCGCCGCCUUCCUCGUCGCGUGUCCCGCCGCCGUCGCCGCGCGCAAAUUCAACCGCGCAGUGCGUUGCGUGCUCGACAGAGACUCGGACAUGCGACUCACGGGCCAUCGACACGCGUUCCUCGGCCGCUACGUCGUGGCCCUGGACCGUCGCUCGGGCCAGCUGCUCGCUGCCCGCCUGGCCCUCUUUGCCAACGGCGGCUACUCGCUCGACUUGUCCGGCGGCGUCAUGCUCCGGGCCAUGGUGGCCUCGUGCAACGCCUACCGAGUGCCGCUCGUGCACUGCUCGGGCACCGUGCUCAAGACCCACUUGUCGUCCAGCACGGCGUUUCGCGGCUUCGGCGCCGUGCAGGCCAUGCUCGUGUGCGAGACGUGGCUGGAGCACGCAGCCCGGGCCGCCGGGUUGCCCGUGGAGCUGGUGCGGGAGCGGAACCUGCUGCGGUCCGGGGAUAACUUGUUCUUCGACCACGUCGUGGUGCACAGUCCGCUGCAGCGGUGCUGGGACGAGUGCGUGACGUCGUCGGACUACUGGGCCAGGCAGCGCCGAGUGCAGGAGUUCAACGAGACGCACGAGCACGUGAAGCGGGGACUGGCGGUGGUGCCGGUGUGUUACGGGGUCGCGUUUCUGCACGCCAUGCUGAACCAGGGCGGGGCUCUGGUCAACAUCUACAGCGACGGGUCCGUGUUGAUACACCACGGGGGCGUGGAGAUGGGCCAGGGCCUCAACAUCAAGCUCAUCCAGGUGGCGACUCGCGCGCUGGCAAUCAAGGUCCCAGGAAAGACGAGCCUGGUUCCCGUGCCCGCUGGACGCAUCCACGUUGGCGAAACAACAACGAGCCACGUCCCCAACACUUCACCCAGUGCAGCCAGCAUGACGUCGGACAUCUACGGGGCCGCAGUGCAGGCAGCGUGCGAGCAGCUGGCCCAACGACUGGCCGACUUCGCAGCCAAGCAGCCCGAGGGCACUUGGGACGACUGGGUCUCGGCAGCUUACGCAGCAAUGGUGAGCCUGUCCGCCACGGGAUUCCACUCCAUCACGGGCCUCAAGAAAUCCUGGAAGUCCAAGGACGGCAGAUUAUACUCCUACGAAACCUUCGGCGUGGGUUGCGCCGAGGUCGAAGUGGACUGCCUGACCGGAGUGCACCGGGUGCUCCGUGCGGACAUCGUCAUGGACCUGGGCCGGAGUCUGAACCCAGCCAUCGACGUGGGCCAGAUCGAAGGCGCCUUUGCCCAGGGGCUCGGCCUGUGGACCCUCGAAGAGAUGCUGUGGGGCGCCGGGGACGGCAGAGUCGUGUCUCAGGGCCCCUCCAACUACAAGAUUCCCGCAGUGUCGGACAUGCCCCGCGUCAUGAAUGUGGCCCUGCUCAAGUGGGACGAGCAUCGGGAGGAAGACGACGGCGGCGUCGUGCCUCCGAGGGCGGUUUACAGUUCGAAAGCCGUCGGGGAACCGCCGUUGUUUUUGUCCGCUGCGGCGUAUUUCGCCAUUCGCAAUGCCGUCACUGAUUACAGGAAACAGCAUUGUUCAGAAGAGCAGGACACGUUCUUGCAGCUGCAUUGUCCCGCGACUGUGGAGCGCAUCAGGAUGGCAUGCAGAGAUGACUUGGUAGCGAGAGUUGAAUCAGCCAGGCCCUCAUCAGGCAAGGAUAAGAAUGCGAACCAGCUGUGGACCAUUAAGCCUUGAGGGUUGCAUGACGUCAAUAUCGCAGCAACUCCAAACAAGAAUGACUGGUGCAAACUAAAAUGUUGAAAAGAAAUAUGCAAUACAGUGGGGCCCUGAAGACGCGGACAUUAUUGGUGCUUUUUUUUUAUAAAACGUGAACUUUUAGAAUCUCUCAGGCUCCAAUUUAGACAACUUAAGAGAGUGAGCAUCAAACAUUUUAUGAAUAAACUUCACUAGCUGAAAAGCUCGAACAGUCACAGAAGUAUAAGUUUGUAAAAAAAAACUUUCCCCUUCGUUUCAUAUACUGUAUCAGCCUCAUUGUUUCAAAACUUCGUCGGUCGAAAAAUUGAAAUUAAAUCUUCUUUUUCUCGAGCAUAUGUCACAGUAUAAAUUCUUGAAAUUUUGAACGACAAUUUGUCGGUGAGUUACACGAAUGGUGUUGAGAUUGCUCAGUCACGAAGAAAUUCGUAACAGUGACAGCUGAAUAGAUGACGAUGAACAAGAUUUUCAUGAAAUUUUCAAAAAGAAAUUUGGGACAGAAAUCCAAGCGUAGGCUUCACAAAUUAUGACAAUACGCGUGGGUUUGAACACUGACAAAAUGAAAUCAUCAAAGGUGUGCCAAAUGUAAAACAGGAAAACGUUUUUCGUUGUAACGAGGGGGUGAAAAAGAAAAUUACCAUGGUUCCAUUUUCUCCGUGAUCCGUUGAAAAUUUUCUUUGAAGAUCCAUGCUUUAGAUGAGACGAGCAAUACCCGAGUAUAUGCCAUCAUUCGAUGUGACGCAAAUCAGCGGAUUUCUUCCAAACUUUUCAACAAUGAUCUGGUUCAACUCGUCAUGAACCUCAUGGGUAUACACGAAAAGCAUCAGAAAUAUAGCGAGCAAUGACUCAAA